AUAAAAUUCAGCAGGUUUUGGAAAGAGAUUAGAAAGUGGAAGAGGGAGGGCUUCUUCAGGCAAAUCUCUGUGCUUCAACUCUCAAGCAAAUGUCGACUUGUUUUCUCUCUCCUAUAGAAAGUAGAAAACAAACCCAGCAAUUUGAAGAAAGGAAUCUCUCUGCUUCACACUCUUAGCAAUUUGAAGAAAGAACACUACAAUCUGACCAAAUUUGAUUUGUCAGUCACUUGGAAAGUGUUCAGGCCGAACCCAGUGAAGAUCCGAGUGAGAGAGGAGAGUAUGUGGGGAUUUUGAAUGAUAAGUUGACGAUUUUAGGGUUUCUUGAACAAUGAAAUUGGGCGCAGAUGGCUCAAAGGGAGGAGAGUCUUGGGAUAUGAGCAAGUCAAAGAGUCGAAAUAAGAAAGAUGAUUCCUUCGAAGAAACUGGUUGUUGGGUUAGGUUAAGGUCCAUCGGCAGCUGUAUCAGUAUCUCUUCAAGAUCUAAGGUGGAUAGUUCAAUUAGUGGGAUCAUUACUCACUGUGAAAUCAAAUCUACGAAUAAUACAAGUCGAGACAAUCCAGUUACACCAGCUGUUGUAUCAUCUACAACUACUAGUAUUGCUGAGAGCAGUUCAUCCACAUCAAAACUUGAAGAGGAGCUCAAAGUUUCUUCCCGGCUUCUAAAAUUCGGAUUUAAUGAUCUUAAAAUGGCAACAAGGAAUUUCAGACCAGAGAGUCUUCUCGGAGAAGGUGGCUUUGGUUGUGUAUUCAAAGGGUGGAUUGAGGAGAAUGGAACAGCACCAGUGAAACCUGGUACUGGGCUUACUGUUGCUGUCAAGACACUUAACCAUGAUGGGCUUCAGGGUCACAAAGAAUGGCUGGCGGAAGUGAGUUUUCUUGGAGAUCUCAUCCAUCCUAAUUUGGUUAAAUUGAUUGGUUACUGCAUUGAGGACGACCAGAGACUUCUGGUCUAUGAGUUCAUGCCUCGCGGAAGUUUGGAGAACCACCUGUUUCGGAGGUCGCUUCCGUUACCAUGGUCAAUCCGAAUGAGAAUUGCGAUUGGGGCUGCAAGAGGCCUAGCCUUUCUACACGAAGAAGCCGAAAGACCAGUCAUAUAUCGAGAUUUUAAGACCUCUAACAUACUAUUAAAUGCGGAAUAUAAUGCCAAGCUUUCUGAUUUUGGGCUUGCAAAAGACGGUCCUGAAGGGGAUAAAACCCACGUCUCUACACGUGUGAUGGGAACGUAUGGAUAUGCUGCCCCGGAAUAUGUCAUGACAGGACAUUUGACAUCAAAGAGCGAUGUCUAUAGCUUUGGUGUGGUCCUGCUGGAAAUGCUGACGGGUAGAAGAUCAAUGGACAAAAACCGACCAAACGGAGAACACAACUUGGUAGAAUGGGCUAGGCCACUCCUAAAUGAAAGGAGGAGAUUUUACCGACUGAUAGACCCUAGGCUUGAAGGUCACUUUUCGGUAAAAGGAGCCCAAAAGGCUACACAUAUAGCAGCUCGAUGCCUUAGCCGGGAUCCAAAAGCUAGGCCAUUGAUGAGUGAAGUUGUUGAAGCGUUGAAGCCACUUCCGAAUCUUAAAGACAUGGCUAGUUCUUCGUACUACUUUCAGUCGAUGCAAACAGACAGGAUUGGUUCAAGCCCAAAUGGAAGAAACGUGGUUAGAACUCAGGGACAUCCGAGGAGUCUUUCGAUACCUAACGGAACACAUCAAUCACCUUUUCAUAACAAGAUUCCCCAAAAUUCACCAAAACCAAAUGGUAAAGCAUAGUUGUAUGUCAAUGGUUGUUGUUUGGAUUGUAUUGUAUUUGUAUGAUCUUUUAGGAGCUAAUCUAAGUGGGGAGACAAUAGGGGGAAGUGGUGUUUGAUGAAACUGUGAUUUCUAUUUCACAUGUUUACUUAUUUGUUCACAAAUGUUAAUGAUGAUUUAUCAAUUUCACA